ACUAAGUCAAGCAAGUCAAGAACCUAGAUGUAAAUCGAAUAAUGUGUUUAGCGCGCGGUGGGCACGAUAUUGUUGCAUUUUAAUCAUUUUUGUUUUAUGCAAAUCAACGUGUGAAGUGGAUCUUCAAACAUUCCAUAAGAAAAUUACGACUCUCUUGCAAGUCGGUCGUCUCGAAACUGCACGGCUAUUGCUCAGUUAGUGACUCAAAUAUAUUUUAUAUAAAAACGCAAGGUUCAAGUGCAAAAGUGAAUGAUUAAUGUAACUCAUCCUAGUCUCUGCGGAACUAUAUAAAAGCUAUGCUAAUGUUUUUAUGUGACCUCGUCGCAACUUGAUUUAAGGAUUCUGUUCCACUUUUGUUUCAGAGCUAAAACAUUUGCGGAGUAAGCAAGGCGGCAGGACAAAAUAUUUGCUGCUGGUGCAUUCUCUGGUGAAAAUGACGAGGGCUCUGAAAUUUGUAUUUGUGUUAACGUUAUGGGCUGUUAUACAAUGUUCCCCUUAUGAUGAUGGCAAGUACCACCCGAGGAAAUAUCGAGUGUACGAUGAUGGCGGAUACUACAGACCUUUAGAUGAAGGCAAAUACAUUCCCGGCGAUGAAGGAAGAUACACAUACAUAUACCAACAAGGUUUAUAUCCUGAAGAUGACGGCGACUAUAGAUACGUUCAUCAGGUCGGACCCAACGGUGGAUUUGGAGGGAAUGGUGGAUUUGGCGGGAACGGAGGAUACGGUGGGAACGGCGGUAACGGAGGCUUUGGCCCGAAUGGUCCGAACGGUCCCAAUGGCCCUAAUGGUCCACCCGGCCCACCCGGACCACCGGGCCCUCCAGGCACUGGACCGGGAUCGAAACCAAACAAAAUCGAUUACAUUGGUUAUAAGAUCUAUGCUCACAGGUAUCCCUAUAUCCACAAAGUGAUCAAGUCUCUGGUAGACAGAUAUGUAUCAGACGAGUCUUAUCUUAUCUUUGGUAAUGAAUAUGGAGAAAGCGCAAAUCACUACAGAAAGGUGUACGCUGAUAAGGAGAUUGCAGUUAAAUGCAAAUACUUGGAUCCUAAAAUGAAUCAAACGGAAUUCGUGACCCAAUAUCCUCCAACGCUGAAGGUUCCUCAUGGUGAAAAGUUUGGCUCUUACUACAGUUUUAGGGGCACAAAAGUUUUAAAUACUGUCGAAAACGCCCUCACGACUAAGUUGAAGUUGGAGUACGAAGUAUUUGUAAGAGUAGUAGAUGUAACUACCGAGUGAAUUCCUCGCCUGUUUAAUUUAUAUAAUGAUCGUCAUAUUUAUAAUAUUUUAUGUUUUGGCAAUAACUACUGUAAUAUAAUAAUGUAGGUUACAAAAAAUAUACUAAGUAUAAUAUUA